AUGCACAUGGAUCGCCAGGAAGCCACGUCCCUACUCGACGAGGAGCAUGAGCAAAUUAUCAUUCCCGCCAAGGCCGCCGGCUCUGGCGCCAAUGACGACUCAGGUAGUUCCAUCGAAUGGUCAGCGUCUUUCGAAUGGCGGAUUGUGGCCUUGCUGGCCUUUGCCGCGUUUACAGUCACAUUCAACUGCAUAUCGAUAUUCCCGGUAGCAAAUACCGUCAUACGCGACUUGAACGGCGGCAAUGCCACCAGGACGGAUGCAGUUCUCGUCGUCACGAUAUGGGAGCUGGGCGAGGCGGCAGGGCCGCUCAUCACCGCGCCUCUGUCCGAGAUGUUUGGGCGGUAUCCCGUGUACGUUGUUUGUAAUAUGGUGUUUGUUUCGGGGGUGGUGAUGUCGGCGCUUGCGCAAAACACAACCAUAUUUGUCGCGGCACGCGCCGUCGCCGGCAUGGCAGUGGUGUCGAAUGUCCUGAACCCAGCUAUUAUUGGCGACGUGUUUCCGUCAGAGCACAGAGGAUCGGCCGUGAGCAUCGUCAUGCUUGCAUCGCUCGUGGGUGGCAACUUGGGACCACUCUUGGGCGGAGCUGUCUCGCAGACUCUGGGUUGGCGUGCCGUUGUGUGGAUAGGGGCCGUGCUGGCCGGCAUUUGCGCGCUGCUUUUCUCGACUUGCUUCAGGGAGACCUAUACGAGUUCCUUGGAGGAAAAGAAGCACGCCAUUCCGGGGAAGGAGGGUGUCAGCGAUGUUGGAACUGGCAUGGACUUUGAGACGAGCUCGUCCUGCCCGCUUGUUGCUCGACUCCGGUGUCCUUGUAUGCCUCUCCCUGUUUGGCUCCGUGGUAUUCGCACUCUUUUACGUCAUUUCCGUGACACUGCCAGGUAUUUUGGAGGGGGUAUACGGGCUAUCAGAGGCGGAAACAGGAUCAGCCUUCUUGGCAAACGGCUAACUGUGCUCCUUACAAAAGGCAUUGGCUCAUUUAUCGGCAUCGUGCUUUCCAAGAUGUAUCUGGAUAAGACUUACGUCAAGCUACGCGAGGCCAACAACGGAACCGGGCUACCAGAGUACCGACUCCCCGUGACGAUUAUCGGCGCUGUUCUGCUGCCUCUUGCAGUGGCCUUGUAUGGCUGGUGUGCGGCCAACGAAUUGCCGCUCAUGCUCCUUCUGCUAUCUGUUGCGUUGAUGCGGCUGUUUCCAAUGUUGGCCUUUGUGCCGUUGAUGACAUACAUUGUGGAUGCCUUUGGUCUCUACUCGGCCUCUGCGAUGAGCGGCGUCAUUGUUAUUCGGUGCCUGGCUUGCGUGUUAUUACCACUGGCUACGGUACAUAUGAGCCAGGCUCUCGGCCACGGCUGGGGAUGCACUUUGCUUGGCGCUGUCUGUAUGAUACUUGCGUUGAUUCCCAUGGCCAUUCUCCGUUACGGCCAGCAUUGGAGACAACGGUGCAGGUACACCAGCACCUUUCCAGCGCAUAAAGCCGACCAUUGA